UCCGUUUAUCGUUCGUUCAUAUGAGUUAAUUACUUAACAGUGUCAUUACUCAUUACGUUUCAUUAUUGGAUGUAACUUUUAAUGUUUGUCACUUUUUUCUACACAACCGAAUUAAAUAAACUUUGGUAGGUAUUGCGUGCUAUAUUAAUCUAUUUGUUGUGAGCAAUUGAACCUUUAGGGCUGUUGAUUUGAAUGCACACGUCUGCAACACGUACAAUUACUUGACUACGUUUAUAUACAAACUAUGUUACAGCUAUCCAUACAUUAAUUAGAUAUAAUGCGGUCCAUUAUUUUCGUUGUAAAUUUAUUUGUGCAUUUGAUAUGUACAAAUACUCAGAAACCUGGAACCUUUGAUAGAGAAGGCUAUUUCAAUAGUUCAUCUUGGUUAAAUUUAUUCCCCUCUAUUUCAUUACACAAACAUGUAGGAUUCAGCUUUAGAACAUGUACCGGAGGACAAAUAUUUUCUCAAACCAAUACUUCUGCUGAGUUUCCAUUCACAGAAAUCUCAGUUGCAGUUCUUCAUGAUGGCUUAUUAUUUACAGCAUUUCUUCAAAAUAGACAUUAUGAAUCUAAAAUUCAAGGAGAUUUUUUUGAUAAUUCUUGGCAUAAUGUUAACUUAAUAUAUAAGCUUGGAGAAUUAAUAAUGUCUAUUGAUGGCUUACAACAAGUUAUAGCAAAUUCAACAUUUAAUUCUGAAAUAUUAAAUUCAGAUAUGGUUACUGAUCAAUCAGUAUUAAGAGUUGGAGACAGUUUUGAAGGUUGUUUAUUAGAAGGACCAAAUUUUAUUUUUAAUUCUUCUUUAAAUCAAGCUUAUAAAGUUAUUUGGGGACACUGUCCCUUAAAUAGCCAGUCAUGUACAGGUUUUGAUUACUGUUCUCAUGCUCCUUGUAUGAUGCAUGGUAUAUGUGUUCCAAGACAAAAUAAGUACCAUUGUAUUUGUCAGCCAAGAUAUUCUGGAAAUAAUUGUGAAAUUGACAAUGGAUCACCCUGUCUUAAACUAAAUAAUCGUUGUAUGCAUGGACAAUGUGAAGAAAUAAAACAUGGUGAAGAUUUUAUAUGUCAUUGUGAUAAAGGAUUUACAGGUAAAUUUUGUGAAAUUGAAUUAUCUGCUCAUGUUUGCGAUAAUAAUCCAUGUAGAAAUAAUGGUACAUGUGAACUAGCUUUAGGAGAGAAAAGUUAUGAGUGUAGUUGUGCACCAGGGUUUAAAGGAGAUGACUGUGAAAUAAAUAUUAAUGAAUGUUUGUCUAGCCCUUGUCAACAUGGUGGUAUAUGUAUUGAUGGAAUUAAUAACUAUACAUGUUUAUGUAGUAAAACAGGAUAUAAAGGAAUAAAUUGUGAAACAAAUAUAAAUGAAUGUGAAAUCAAUCCAUGUUCCAAUCAUGGUAUAUGCUUUGAUAACUAUGGGAGUUAUACAUGUCAAUGUCAAACAGGAUUUGGUGGAAUGAACUGUGAAAUAGAUUUGAAUGAAUGUAUAUCAAAUCCUUGUCAAAAUGGUGGUCAAUGUAGAGAUCAAGUUGGAACAUAUGAAUGCCGAUGUGCUCCUGGAUUUUUAGGUAGAAAUUGUGAAAUUGAUGUUGAUGAUUGUGAAUCAGCUGUUUGUCCAUCAAAUUCAGUUUGUGUUGAUGGUGUUGCAUCAUAUUCAUGUCAUUGCAAAUCGGGGUAUACUGGUUUGCCACCAAAUUGUACUGAACAAACAGUUUGUAGUAGUAAUCCUUGUCAAAAUGGAGGUAUAUGUAUAUUACUACAAAAUGGUCAAUAUAAUUGCUCAUGUUCUCCAGGAUAUACAGGCGCUUUUUGUGAGCAUGGUAAUAUAGUAGCUCGUUCGCAUGCUGCUGAUGAUGGUUGUGUAAUCAUGCCUUGUUUGAAUUUUGGUACUUGUAUACCCCAAGGAUCUAAAUAUGAGUGUAAAUGUCCUGCCGGUUUUACUGGUCGAAAUUGUGAAAUGACUAUGAAACUAUGCAAUUCUAGUCCUUGUCAUCAUAGCAUGUCUUGUCGUGAUUAUGCUGGUGGGUAUUAUUGUGAAUGCGAACCUGGUUGGUCUGGGCAGCAAUGUAAUCAACGUUCUAGUGAUCCUGGUCAUGCUUGCAGUCUAAACACUUGUGCUCACGGUGGAACUUGCACUUCAUUAGUUGGACAAGCUGAUCUUUUCCAUUGUGAUUGUCCCCCAGGUUUCACUGGUCAAACAUGUCAAAUAGAUAUUGAUGAGUGUUUAUCUAAACCAUGCUUAAAUGGUGGUUCAUGUCAUGAUCUUAUUAAUGGUUUUCGAUGUGAUUGUACUGAUAACUUUAUGGGUGCUUACUGCCAAUUACCAUUUGAUGCAUGUACUAAAAGUCCAGGACCCUGUUUAAAUAAUGGUACUUGUUUACAUAAGACCACAUCUCUGAAAGAUUAUUACUGCAUGUGUUUACCAGGGUUUGAAGGUAAAAUUUGUGAAAUUAAUGUCAAUGAAUGUCUAAUGGCUACCUGUCCUACGGGGAAAGUUUGUAAUGAUGGUAUAAACACUUAUGAGUGCAUAUGUCCUGAGGGAUAUACUGGAGAAAAUUGCUCAAAAUUAUUAAAUGAUUGUCCAUGUAAAAAUAAUGCUACUUGUAUCGAAAAUAUUGAUGGUUAUACAUGUCAUUGUACAUCAGGUUUUACAGGUAUAUAUUGUGAUCAAGAUAUAAAUGAAUGUGAAGCCAAUAAAGAUAUAUGCAACUAUGGGAUUUGUGUGAAUACUAAUGGGAGUUAUCAAUGUUUUUGUCGUCCUGGAUUUGCUGGUAACAAUUGUGAUGUAGAUUUUGAUGAAUGUUUGUCACAACCUUGUUAUAAUGGUGCAACCUGUGAGAAUAAAAUUAAUGGUUUUAAUUGUAUUUGUCCUCCAGGAUUUACUGGUAAAGUAUGUGGAAUUGAUGUUGACGAAUGUAAUUCAAAUCCUUGUUUGAAUGGUGCUACAUGUAUUGAUAAUGUUGCAUCUUUUACAUGCUCAUGCCCUAUUGGUUUAACAGGAAAAUUGUGUGAAACAAAUAUUAAUGAUUGUGAGUCUUCUCCAUGCCAAAAUAUGGGCCUAUGUAUUGAUGGAAUUAAUAGCUAUAAAUGUAACUGUUCAAAUACAGGAUUCGAAGGAAAUCAUUGUGAAUUGAACAUCAAUGAUUGUAUUCAUAACCCUUGUAUGAAUAAUGGUACUUGUAUAGAUGGAGUUAAAGAUUAUUCUUGUAAAUGUUAUACUGGUUAUUCAGGAAAAAAUUGUGAAAUUGAUAUAAAUGAAUGUGAAAUUAAUCCUUGUCAGUUUGGGGGUACUUGUCUUGAACGUUCUAAUUUAUCAUUAUACAAUCUAACAGAUAAAAAAAAUCUUUCAGCAAUAUUUCAGCAAGAAUUCAACUAUGCAACUGCUAAUGGAUUUGAAUGUCUAUGUUUACCUGGUACUACAGGUAUCAAAUGUGAAAUUGAUAUUAAUGAAUGUGAUAGCAACCCAUGUCGUUGGGGUAGUUGUGAAAAUAGAAUUGGUGGUUAUGCUUGUUUAUGUGAUGAAGGGUUUGAAGGCGUGUACUGUGAAAUUGAAAUUGACGAAUGUGAAAGAUUCAAGCCAUGUGAUCAUGGAACAUGCAUUGAUCGGCGUGCUGGUUAUUACUGCGACUGUAUCCCAAAAUAUGGUGGUAAAAAUUGUUCUGUUGAAUUAGUUGGAUGUCAGAGUUCACAUACAUGUUUAAACAAUGGUAUUUGUAGACCAUACUUGAUUGAUGAGACUGAACAUCGUUAUAAUUGUACAUGUCCUUAUGGUUUUCAUGGUGAUAUUUGUGAUAAGACUACUACUAUGUCACUGACUGGUGAAUCUCGUAUUGUGGUUAACACCACCAGGGAUGAAGGUUAUGAUAUAUCAUUUAGGUUUAAAACAACAUUACCAAGUGGUCUAUUAGCAAUUGGUGGUGGAUCAACAUUUUAUAUAUUAGAGUUGGUUAAAGGUCGUUUAAAUCUACAUUCUAGCUUAUUAAAUAAAUGGGAAGGAGUAUUCAUUGGUUCUGAACUUAAUAAUAGUCAAUGGCAAAAGGUAUUUGUUGCUAUAAAUUCUUCACAUUUAGUACUGUCUGCUAAUGAAGAACAAACUAUUUACCCUAUUAAUUUAAAUGAAGGAGCAAACCCUACACAUACUAGUUUUCCUACUACCUAUGUUGGCGGAACUAUUGCAAAUUUGAGACUAUUACCCCACGGACCACCAUUUUUUAUUGGUUGUAUUGAGAAUCUACUUAUAAAUGGACAAUGGGUUUUACCUGAUGAAAAAGUAGAAACUAUAGGCUUAACUAAUGUUGACAUUGGCUGUCAAAGAAACGAUCAAUGUUUCCCUAACCCAUGUUACAACAGUGGUCAUUGUACUGAUUUAUGGAAAACAUUCAGUUGUACAUGUGAAAGACCAUAUCUUGGAAAUACUUGUCAAUAUAGUUUUCCAGCAGCAACAUUUGGUCAUGAGAAUAUCACUAAUAGUCUUAUUACUGUAAAUGUGUUUACUUUAACUAAGCGAGCCGUUAAAAACAUUGUGGACAUUUCUAUGUUUAUACGGACGCGUCAAUCUCGAGGAGCAAUAUUUUAUUUAGGUUCUACACCAGGAUCGGUAGCAUUUCCUGAUGAAACUCAUAUUGCUGCUGAACUUGAAGGUGGUGAAUUACUAGUCAGGAUACUAUUUAAUGCAACUCCUGAAUCGUAUACUGUUGGUGGUGUAAAACUUGAUGAUGGUCAAAAUCAUUUGAUACAGGUUGUUCGUAAUAUUACAUUGGUUCAAGUGAAAAUAAAUGGAACUGAAUAUUUUAGAAAAACUAUUAGUGCAACUGGUCAACUUGAUGCCCAAGUUCUUUACUUAGGAGGUUUUCCAUCUUCUAAACCACUAAAACGUGAUUUAUCAGAUUCAACAAUCAUUAUGGAUAAUAUUUUACCUCGUCCUAAUACAAUAGAAAGACAUAUUCGUCAAACAGUUGAUAAAUUGCAAGGGAUACCCCACUUUAAAGGAAUCAUUCAAGAUGUUCAGAUCAGUAAUGGAUCUCAAACAAUGAUAGUUGAAUUUUAUCCAUUAGGCAUAAAGAAUAAGGAUUUAGUUGUACCUAAAUCAUUUGGUACUGUAUCGUUUAAUCCAAAGGAAAUUGUUGAGGGUAUUGUGUCUGAUGACACAUGUUUAUCACAACCUUGUCAUAACUCUGGGACAUGUUCUAUUACUUGGAAUGACUUUACUUGCGAUUGUCCUUUGGGUUACAAAGGAAAACAGUGUCAAGAAAUGGAAUUUUGUCAAAUCGAAGAUUGUCCUUUAAAUAGUGAGUGCCGAAAUUUGAAUCACGGAUAUGAAUGUGUAGCCAAUGUUACAUUAGAUGGUCGAAAUACUUCUGAGCCACUCUUGCAGUAUAAUUUUGUCAAAGGACAACAGGUUAUUCCAUUGACUCAUAUUGAAGUUAGUUAUAGAACUAGAACAAGUGGCACAAUUAUGUACAUUUCUAAUAAGAAACAAAGCAGUGAUCCAGAGUUCCUUUUUUUUUCAAUGAUUGCUUAUAAAGAUCGGUUAAUUAUUGCUUGGAAAUUAGAAAAAGAAAGUUCUAUAAUUAUGAGACAUGUGCAUAAAGAUCAUUUGGAUUCAGAUUGGACAAAUAUUAUUUUUAAAAUAAUUGAUAAUAAAAUUCAAGGUGGUUUAGUUGGUGCAAUUGAUGAUUCAAAUCAGUAUAUACUUGCUGGAAAUUUUUCAUAUUCAAAUUGGGUUGAAUUGGUUUCUUCGAAUCCAAUUCUUAUUGGUAGGGGAGAGCACUAUCAAAAUUCAUCUGAAAAUAAUGUGGAACAUGCAACGUAUAUAACAGAUGCAGAUACAAAUUCAUUAGAUAUGAUUGAUUCUGAUGAAAAUAUUCGUUUUGAAGAUGUGAUACAACAAGAUAUAACUUCUGCUGGUGGUUUUUAUAAGGGCUGUCUUGGAGAAAUAAGAAUUGGAGGCUUGUUGUUACCUUAUUUUACUCCAUCUCAACUUAAUACUAGUAAUGAAACUGAUUAUUUUGAGUUGUCAUCUCAUAGUUCAAUCGCAGAACAUUUUGAUUUAGAUUGUUUACUUUGCUAUGAUUCUGAAUGCAAAAAUAAUGGAAGAUGUAAGAAAGCAAAUGAAUCUUAUGUCUGUGAAUGUGAACCUGGUUAUGAAGCUGAUGACUGUUCUGUAAAUAUCAACGAAUGCUUGUCUAAUCAGUGUCAACAUGGAGCUGAAUGUAUUGAUGGAAUUGCUAAUUAUACUUGUUUGUGUAAAACAGGCUGGACUGGUUUACUCUGUGAAAUUGAUAUCAAUGAAUGUGAAUCUAACCCAUGUCACCAUAAUAGUAUUUGUAUUGAUCACCUUGGUAAAUUUGAAUGCAACUGUUCAGAUGAUUAUGAAGGAGAAACAUGUGAACAAUUAAAACUUGUAACAUGUGAUAAUUCACCUUGUAAAAAUGGUGGCAACUGUUUUAACAAUUAUGAUCCAGCUACUGGUAAUAAUUACACAUGUUCUUGUUUGGAAGGCUUCUCGGGUACUUCAUGUGAAUUUUCAUUUUGUGAUAUAUAUGAAUGUCAAAAUAAUGGUAUAUGUAAAAAAGAGGAGUCUCCAUUCUGUAAAUGUCCAGUAGGUUUUAAAGGUCAUCUUUGUGAACAAAAUAUUGAUGAUUGUUUAGAUAAUAGUAAUCAACUAAAAUGUCAUCAUGGUGGUCAAUGUGUGGAUGGUAUCAAUGAAUACUCAUGUAAUUGUACUGGAACUGGAUACACUGGUGAAGAUUGUACUAUAGAUAUUGAUGAAUGUUUUGAUCUUAACAUACAAUGUAGUCAUCGAGGAGAAUGUAAGAAUACCGAUGGUUCAUUCAUUUGUUUAUGCCAAAACAAUUUCUGUGGCCAUUACUGUGAUCUACGAAAUCCAUGUUUAUCUGAAUCGCCUUGUAGUAAUGGAGGUACUUGCCAAGAACGAUGUACUGAUUUUUCAGACUAUGAAUGUUUGUGUGCCAAUGGUUAUGUUGGAAAAAAUUGUACUGAGUUGCCUAUUAUUCACAAUUAUGCAGAUAUAGCAUUAAUUGUUGGUCCAAUAUUACUUAUUCUUCUCAUUGGUGGUAUGGGCAGUUUAUUUGUACUUUUAAUGAUGGCACGAAAAAAAAGAGCAACAAGAGGUACAUAUAGUCCUAGUUGUCAAGAAUAUUGUAAUCCUAGAGUUGAAUUAGACAACGUACUGAAGCCACCACCAGAAGAACGACUUAUAUAAUUAUUGAUUAUUUAUUUUAUUUAAGAACAAACAUGAAAUUGCUCGGAAUUUCUUACACAUUUAGGCAGUUUAUUUUUAAUUUUUAACUCUUUAUUAAUGAUCUCCUUACUUUUGUUUAGCGGCCAUUUUUAUACCCUUCAUUUAAUUUAUCAUACAUUUUGUGAUUUUUAUUUAAAUUAUAAUAUUCCAGUAAACUCGUAUGUAUGUUUAACAAUUGUAUUAUUGUAUUAGUUGUCAUCCAAUUUAAUAAUAUCUUUUU